AUGACUAAGCAGGACCCUCUCUCAUCGACCUCUCCUUCCCCACCUUCGAACAUACUGCAAACAGCUUCGGAGUACACGCACAGCAACCUCGAUCCCCACAUUUCCAACGCGUCCGAAAGUGCGCCACCAGCAGCAGAGGCAGCGCCUGCCGAAGCGGCAGUUCAAGAUGCCGACCAUGCUCACGCCAUGGAAGCGGUCAUGCAGCUGGCGCAAGCCGCUUCCCAGCAGCAGUACGACCAACAGCACAGCGCCGACAGCGAUGCAAUGGAGCAAGAGCAUCAGCAACAUGGCCACGUCGAAAAUCCUCAUGUGCACCACGAUAGCUUGCCCGUCAACAAUGGCGAGGAUUCCGCGGGUGGAGAAAAGAGAGGAAGCAAGAGGCGGUCUUCACUGCACGCUUCUCCUACCGCUGCUGGAAGGGGAAGAAGGGGUUCCAAAGCAGCGAGGAACGAUGACGAUCACGAUGUAGCAGAAGCAGCUGCCGCAGCGGCGGUGGCUGCCGCACAGAACGGUGACAACCUCCCCUUCCCCGAAUCCUGGUCCGACGGCAACCUCCCCGCCGAAAUCCAAAAAGCCUACCAACAGCAUCUCGCCCAAGCCCAAGCGAACCUCUCCUCCACUCCCCCCGCCACCGAAGAAUCUCCCGCCACCGCCGCCAACGCAUCCUCACCGAGCUUCAAACCCACCCGUCAGCUCUCCACCUCCAAGCGCGCCGCACAGAACCGGGCCGCCCAACGCGCCUUCCGCGAACGUCGCGACAAGUACGUCAAGGUCCUCGAGUCCAAAGCCGCGCGUCUAGAGGUGGCCAUCAACGUGGCCACCGAGUGCAAGCGUCGGUACGCCGAGACGUUGCAGACUAUCGACGGGUUGAGGCAGGACAACCACACCUUGAGGGUCGCGCUCGCUGCGUUGAGCGGAAGCAAUGUCGAAGGUCAGGCUCCGCCAGCCAGCAAGGCGGAUGAUCUGUUGGCAGCGUUGCCCGAGAUACCGCAGUUGACCACCGACGAGGAGGAGAGUGUUCUGCAGGGUCAGGCGUCGGGUCAGCAGAGUUUGGAUAGCUUGAGCGCGGUCGCCGCGGCUGCGGCUGCGGCGGUGGAUGGCAGUGCGAGCGAUGCGGGGAGAGUGGCUGAGGAGACGGGCGGGGAUCAGCCCGAGUCACAAGAGGCGGUCUCAUCGAAGGGCACAGAGUCGAGCGUCGCACUGCCACAACCACCGUCUGCUUCAGCCGCCAGCCCGUCCACUGCGACGGCUGCCCCCAGUGCUCAAUGA